AAUUCUCGCGAGAGUGGUGUCUGCGUGUCGGGACGUGCGGAGGUUGUCACUUUCCAUCAUGGCGCCCAAGGUAGCGACGGCCGCCAGUGGCGCUGCGAAGACGGUGCUCAGGCCAGCCCUUCUCUGCCGUCCCUGGGAGGUUCCAGGCGCCCAUGAGGCCCCCUCGAGGAGCAUCUCCUCACAAGGGACGAUUCCUUCCUCAGCUAAGUAUGGCGGGCGGCACACGGUGACCACGAUCCCAGGCGAUGGCAUCCGGCUGGAGCUCAUGCUGCACGUGAAGGCCGUUUUCAGGCACGCCUGUGUACCAGUGGACUCUGAAGAGGAGCACGUGGGUUCCAACGCUUAUGAAGAGGACAUUUGCAACGCCAUCAUGGCAAUCCGCCGGAACCGUGUGGCCCUGAAGGGCAACAUCGAAAUCACCCAUGACCUGCCACCAUCCCACAAAUCCGGAAACAGCAUCCUUCGCACCGGCCUGGACCUCUAUGCCAACGUCGUCCAAUGUAAAAGCCUCCCGGGCGUGGUGACCCGGCACAAGGACAUAGACAUCCUCAUUGUCCGGGAGAACACGGAGGGCGAGUACAGCAGCCUGGAGCGUGAGAACGUGGCGGGAGUGGUGGAGAGCCUGGAGGUCAUCACCAAGGCCAAGUCCCUUCGCGUUGCCAAGUAUGCCUUCAAGCUGGCGCAGAUCAGCGGGCUCAGGAGAGUGACGGCCGUGCACAAGGCCACCAUGAAACUGGGCGACGGGCUCUUCCUCCAGUGCUGCAGGGAGGUGGCAGCUGGCUACCCCCAGAUCACCUUUGAGAAGAUGAUUGUGGACAACACCACCAUGUAGCUGGUGUCGCGGCCCUAGCAGUUUGAUGUCGUGAUGAUGCCCAGUCUCUAUGGCAGUGUUGUUGGCAACGUCUGCGCAGGACUAGUCGGAGGCCCAGGCCUUGUGUCUGGGGCCAACUGUGGCCAGGUGUAUGCGGUGUUUAAAACGGCUACGGGGAACACCGGCAAGAGUGUCGCCAAUAAGAACAUCACCAACCUGACGGCCACCCUGCUGGCCAGCUGCACUCCCAUACCCUCCAUCCGUCAGGCUGUCCUGGCGUCCGUGGACAAUGAGAAGAUGCACACCCCAGACAUCGGGGGCCAGGGUACAAGAUCUGAGGCCAUCCAGGACUUUAUCCACCACAUCCGCGUCAUCACAGGCCGGGCUGUGGAGGCCUCGGCUGGCCCUGGAACCUUGGUUUGCUCCUCAGAUCCCCCUUCUCACUCCAGCACCCCAGCCAGCCUGGUAGGCAGAGCCCAGAAUAAAGCAGCUUCACCUCAAUAAGAAA